ACUAACAGUACAAACGUAGCUGCGACAUGCAGCACAGCGAAAUCAACAGCUAGCCUGUUGAAAUGCCUCCCGGAGACCUCGACCCACCCCUCAAUACUGGUCCGUGGGAGCACAUUGUUGUUUUACUUCACUGGUAGGACCGCGUGGAGACGGAAUGUGUCCGGUAAAAUGCCGACUUUUUGAGUUUUAUUCCCCCGUUUCGCUCGGCGUAGCGAGGCAGAAGCAGCGGGUCUUUUUCCAAAGUUGACGGUUAGCAGCAGGGCGCGUGUGAAGGAUCGGACUUAAAGGAGCAGUACACCCCGCUGCAGCCUUCCAACAUGGAGAAGCAGCAGAGCGAUCUGGACCGCGACAGACAGGUCUGUGAACUUUGUGGGAGAAUGGAGAACCUUUUAAAGUGCGGUCGGUGCCGGAGUUCCUUCUACUGCAGCAAAGAGCACCAGAAGCAGGACUGGAAGAAACACAAGCUGAUUUGUAAGGAGGCUGACAAGCCGAAACAGAAGCCUGGAGACGGUCCGUCGGUGGGGGACAGCAGCAAACAACGAGAAAAGAAAAGCACGGAGCAGGGGGAUUCUGCAACCGUACCCCCAUCUCCAAACACAGAAGCACCUGCUGACGGGGAUGGACCGGGAGAACUGGGGUCCAACACCCCCACCACGCCUAACGGCCAGACCAACCUCUCCCCUCAGAAACUGGCAACGGAGUGCAUCGUCCCCUGCAUGAAUAAGCACGGCAUCUGCGUGGUGGACAACUUCCUAGGAGCAGAGACCGGAUUUUGCAUUUUGGAGAACGUCAAGUCUCUGUACAAGACGGGCAGGUUCACAGACGGCCAGCUGGUGAGCCAAAAGAGCGACUCCACUAAAGACAUCCGAGGGGACAAAAUCACGUGGAUAGACGGGACAGAGUCUCACUGCGAGAAGAUCAGCUUCCUAAUGAGUCGGAUGGACGACUUAAUCAGACACUGUAAUGGCAAACUGGGGAACUACACUAUAAACGGAAGGACAAAAGCAAUGGUGGCCUGUUACCCUGGGAACGGAACAGGUUAUGUGCGCCAUGUGGAUAAUCCCAAUGGCGAUGGACGCUGUGUCACAUGCAUAUAUUACCUUAAUAGAGAUUGGAAUGCCAAGGAACAUGGCGGCCUGCUGCGAAUCUUCCCUGAAGGAAAGGCCCGGUUCGCUGAUAUAGAGCCAAAAUUUGACCGGCUGCUCCUCUUCUGGUCAGACAGACGAAACCCCCACGAGGUCCAGCCCGCUUUCUCUACAAGGUAUGCCAUAACGGUCUGGUAUUUCGAUGCAGACGAGCGAGCCAGAGCUAAAGAAAAGUACUUAACAGGUGCAGGAGAAAAGGGAGUAAAAGUUGAACUCAACAAAUCAUCGGAUUCCAGCUAGUAGGACGACUGCAAACAUCCACUAAGUGCUCUAUCCUAAGAAAGUGGCCUACAGAGAUCAUGUGUGCAACUGAAAAAUCUUAAUUUGCAUUAAGAAAAACAAAAUAGGAGUACAGAAAUCAAAUAUACUUUACACUUAAUCUGGACAGUGAAUGUCAUAACAUUGUACUGAAAGGGAUUGUAUGCUUUUUUUUCUCCUCUUAUUAACAGAGUAUGCAUCUACAGUGCAGCUGAGCUGACUAAAAUCAACAAAAAAAAGCUUUAGAUCCUCAUAAUUUGUUGAUUUCUUAAAGGUACAGUGUUUUACUUUUUGUGUUAUUUUCCUCACAUCAAAUGGUUUCAUAGGAAAGCUUCAUCAUCCAUGUCAGUUUCCAGUAAGUUCAGGAAUUAUGGACAUAAAAAAAAAAAACAAUUUCUGCCAGAACUGCUUUGUUUUUAAAUCUGCAGUGUCAGGUUUUAAUGGCCUUGUUUUUCCUCUCACUCAGUAACAUGAACUGUUUGGAGCUGCAGAAACUUAUAUAAACAUCAUGACUGAGUGGGAUGCAGUGAGACCUGCUGUGAUCUGCUCAGUGCAAAGUAGAGUGCGCCCUCUGCAGGACACUUGUGUACAGCACCUUUAUGCUUGUGCCAAUUUUUUUUUUUUUUUUGGACCUGUGGAUGAAAAUAAGUUGCUGCUGCUGUGGCCGGAUAUCUCCAGGUCUCAACUAGGCAUGGGCCGGCAUGAGAUUCACACGAUGUGAUAGAGACGACUGAAAAUAGCACCGCUUCUUUGUAACAAAACAAAAAUACAGUUGUUUUCAAAAUAAUAGCAAUAUGUCUAAAGAAGUGUUUGUUUUCAUACAUGGAAAUUAAUCUGCAGGUUUCUUUAAACAGUUACUCUAAGAACAAAAAAUGCUUGAAGAUUUAGCUUUCCAAUGAGCUGCUGAGCUAAUACUUAGCUAUGAGUUAAUCAACCUGACACCUGUGGACAAGAUGAUUGGACUACUACACGAUUUGUUUAAACUUAAAGCUGCAGUACGUAACUUUUAUUAAAAAAAUGUUAAAACUUUCACCAUGUUUGGACAGUAUAAUAUUAGGAGGAUAAUCUGUGAAAAGAUCAAUUUCCUCCACCAAAAACAACCAGUCAGAGACAGUAGGAGGGUCUUAGUGCUGCCAAUCAACCCCAAGUACUCGUUGCUCAAUGUGCAAAAACAACUUAUUGUUAUAGGAAAAUUGUUUAUCCAUGUCAUCGGUGGCUAUUCUAACUAGCCUAGCAUUCACAACAUGCUAUGCUAGCUGAAACGUAGCUUGUUGGGUGAUUGACAGCACCAAGACCCACCUCCUUGCUCUGAUUGGUUGGUUUUAUCUAGCACUGGGAGAAGGUGGAGGAGUUCAGUUUUUUCACAGAUCAUCUGUUACAACAUGUUGACACAAUCAACACAAAGUAAAAUAUAUAUAUAUAUUUCUAAUAAAAGUUACGUACUGCAGCUGUUAGGUUUUCUGAACUGAGCUGCUCUCAUGUUAGCCUUCCAGGCCUGGAAUCAAGAUGGCGGUCGUUUGUUUUCUUUGAGGUUUUUCUGUCUUACAAAAGCUCCUAUAGAUUUCACUCUUCAGCAACAGGCAACACAACCUGAGUCCUUUAAGUAUUCAGACUGAUCCAAGAUCUCUAGUAAUAUAUAUCUAAUACUAUAAAAUGAGAAACAAACUCAAUUAUUUUCUUGUAGCCUGUCAUUUUCUCAACAGUUGUUUUUUUGCCAACAAUUUUGGCUUUAAGUAACUCUCCUCUAGUGUUCAAGUAUUUAACAAAUUUUUUAUUUACUUUUUUUUUGCAAUUUCUUGAUUCAUUCAAAUGAUGGUUCUCCAUUUUCUUCCUCAUCUCCCUGGUUUUCGUUUCUAUUUUCAAGCAACAACUUUUACUGUAAAUCAGAUUUACCUGCCCACAAUGCUGUUGUUUUAAAUAAAAACCCUUUUAAUUAAUAAUUCAGCUGCACAGAACCUGCAGUAUUAACAGCAUCACUGUUGCUACUCGAGAUUUGUAAAUUAUUUCCUGUGUAGAAAUGUAAGUUCUACUAAAACAGGUGUUAUAAUCUGGUUGUUGAGGUUGGACUGCUAUUAUUUUGAAGACAGCUGUAUAUAACAAUAAUAUGAAGUAAUCUACAAAUGUAAUUCUUAAAAAUUAAACACAAAAAAAAUGAAAGUAAAAGAAACAAGAAUGAUCAGAAUCAAUAUUUUAUUUUAAUUUUUUUGGACAAAAGAUAUCUGGUUAAUUAGGUGUGGUAUUUACUCUUAAUCGGCCUUUUCUCUAAAAAUAAUUUUU